UUAAAUUGAUUCUUUCUCCCCUUGGACAAAAGUUUGGGUUAGACAGUGAAAUCCAAACAAUUAUAAGGUAAAGGUGUCUCUCAAUCUUAAGAGGUUCCAUUCCUAAAGUAAAAGUUUCAUUGGAAACCCACCUAGAGAAGAUCCUUUUCUAGCCUUUCGGUGCUUAAAUUCAACAACUUCCAUUCCUUUUUAUUCCUUUCUUUUCUCUCUGUUAAACUUGGAACAAUGGAAUCAAUUGUUUCUCUGCCUCAAUCUGCAUAAUUGAUCUCCCAAUGUUGGUAGAUGCUGUUUGCUACAUAGACAGAAAAGAAAAAGCUAAAGCCUGCAAUUGCUGACUUGGUAUCCCCUAUAAUCCUAUUCUCUCUCUCUCUCUCUCUCUCUUUUUCCCCCAAAAUCCAUAUCUACUACUACAUUGAAUAACGUAGUCUCGUGUUAGUUGAGGUUUUUUGAAACUUUUGCCCGCUCUCUGGGGAGGGAAACUCCAGCUCAAACAUGUUUCUAAGCUUCAGGUAACACUUCUCCCUUGUGACUAUGGCAAUUGAAGUUUGCUCAGAGAUUUCAAGCGCAGGAAUCAGCCCAAGAAUUUCGUUUUCUCAUGAUCUCAACCAAAAAGAUGAUGCAGAAUCCAUUGAAGAACAUCACCAACAGAGACUGGACACAUCGCUCUUGGAUUCCGGUUCGGAUUUCGAUUUCUGCUUUGGCAAUAGUUUUGUGCAGGAAUUGCCCUCCGCUGAUGAGCUCUUUUCCAAUGGCAAGAUUCUACCAAUUGAAAUCAAGAAAAAACCUCUACUUGUUGCAAAGCAUGUUCAUCGUCAAUCUCAGCCUGUUCCUUCUCCUCCUCGGCAGACAACAACAGACAACUCCGGGAAGAAAAGAUUGAAAGAAUUUUUAUCCAUGAGUAUCGACGCAGAUGACAAGCCUGCAUCCAAAUCUUUCUGGCAGUUCAAGAGAAGCAGUAGCCUCAAUUGCGAAAGUACUCGAAGCAAAAGCCUAAUCCGAUCGCUACAGUUUCUUUCGCGCAGCAAUUCAACUGGCUCAGCUCCAAAUCCAAAAUCAACAAUGCUUUCAAAAGAAACCCAGAAGCAGCAUUUGCAGAAGCAACCAUCUUUGUCAAGAAAAUCAUCAGUAUCAAGUUCUUCUGGUGCAUUUUAUACAUACAGUUCUACACAAAAGCCUCCACUAAAGAAGAAUUGUGGAGCAUAUGGAAAUGGAGUUCGAGUAAGUCCUGUUCUGAAUCUUCCACAACCAUUCAUUUCCAAUGCAACUGUGAGUUUUUUUGGGUUUGGUUCACUCUUCUGUAACGGUAAGGUUAAAAAGAAGAAAAGAUGAAUUUUCAGUUCUUAGCUCCAAAAGACUGAAAGGUUCAAAGUACAGUUGGGAUUUAGCUGUCCAUGAAUUAGCAUGUGAUUAGCAUAUCUGUAAAUUGAAAGAAGAAAAAUUUAGUAUAGAAAAAGAUUAGAUCUUAUCAAAGUACAUGAGCUAUCCGAUUUACCUUUUUUGAGAGUGAAAACAACAGUGAAACAAUUGAUGAAAUGGAUGCUCAGUUUCGAUGCAUAUCAUCAUUGUUAUGGAGUUAGCAGACAGGUAAACAUGGUAUUUCUCUUUCAUGGCUAUCCAUGCUCACUUCUUUCC